AUGUCUCGAUACGGCGACUACCGUCGCUCUACUGGGGCUCUCGACGAGGACCACUAUUCGCGGGAACGUGAGCGUCACCGUCACCGUCACCGUUCACGUGGACCCCCGGUACUCGAGCGCCCCCGUCGUGUCGAAGAGGAUGAUCGCUUCGAAUAUCGCCUUCAGGAACAGGAGCGAUACGGUCCCCCUGCCCGUCGCUCCGAAAUAUUCUACGAGGAUGAGCAUCUAGCCUACUCCCCAGGUCCGCUGGUCACCUACCGCCAUGCCGAGAGCCCUCCCCCGCGCCCGCGCCUUCUGCGCCGGCAGUCUUCCCUGGACACUUUUGACCGCCCAACACGCAAGAUCGAUGAAUAUUACUAUAGCGACUACCCGCCUAGAGCUCCUCCUAGUCCCCCGCCAAUGCGAAGACGGGGCUCUUUCCACCGUGUCCGUUCGCCCGACUACUACGAGGAAAUCCGAAUUGCGGAACCAGACUACUAUGGCGACGAAGAGUACCGGGAGUUCCGUGAGCGGGAUCGGAUUGUCGAGCGCCCACGUCGCUCAGUGAGUCGGUUUCGUGAGAGAAUGGUAGAGGAAGUCGACGUGGAGAAACCGUAUCCUCGGAAAGGCAAAACUCGUAUGCCUCGCAAACUGGUUCACACCAGCGCGAUCCGCGAAUUUGGCUAUCCGUAUGAGGAAGAGGUUGCUCUUUCCAAGGAGCAGAUCGACGAGGUCAUCAGUCGAAGUCGUGAGAUGAAGCGCAUGACCGAGAGUAGUCUGGAAGCACGUUAUAAGCAUACUUCCUCACCCUCACCCGUCCGUGACAGACAGCGCGACCGCAUAGUGGAACGAAUCGCUAUGGAGAGUUACACCCCCCGCACGAGCCAUGAGACUUUGCUCAUCGAGCCAUCUCCAUCCCGGCACCGGUCGCGGUCGCGCCAUCACCAUCAUCACCACCACCAUGGCGAGCUGGAGGAAAAGAAAAUAACCAGGACGGUCUCUCGGACACGAAACGUGUCGGUCCAGGGUCGCCCUCGCCGUCGGUCAUCGCCCGUGCGUAGAAUUGAGCGGUAUGACGAUGGAGCGCAGUCCACUAAGCUUCAGUCCGGCCCACUUGCCAUCGUUGUACGCCCGCGAGACAGCGAUGACGAUCUGCGGGAAUACACGCAAAUCGAGCGACGUGGCGGUGGAGAGAUGAUCCGGGACACGGAGAUUAUUGGCGACGGCGAAGAAGAGGAGAUCCUCGAGGUGAAAAAGGAUCGCAGAGGUAGGAUGAGCCUUGUCCGACGCAAGCGGUGA